GUAUCAUCAGUACCAUUCGCGGCGGAGUUUCACCAAGACCCAGUCAAAAUACCAGCUUGUUGUUGUCUAAGGCCAUCCAGAUUUGUGUUUUUCCUCACAUCGGUUGCCGCUUUAUGCGGUGUAUUACUUAGGGCACAAGCAAUAGAAGCCAUAAAAUGAAGAAACGUUAUGUGGACGCAAGCAGGCUAAGGAAAAUGAAAAAGAUCAAAAUUACGGAGAAGAUAUCUGAAAGCGCCUACACCUUUCUGAAGUUCAUGGUAGUGUGGACUCUGGUACUGUUGGCUGAUUUCAUACUGGAGUUUCGACUGGAGUAUCUGUGGCCCUGUUGGCUGUUCCUGGGCAGUGUCUAUACCACAUUUCAUUGCCACGGGCUGGUGAUUAGUCUGGUGUUUGUGUGCGCGGCAUUCACCCUGGACAUUUUCUGUUUGAUUUUUGUUCCACUUCACUGGUUGUUCUUUGCAGCCAGCACCUACGUCUUAUUUAAUUACAUUUGGCACACAGAGAAAGGCAUCUGUAUGUCGACGGUUUCCCUGUGGGUGCUAUUGGUGUACACGGAAGCUUCACUCAGGCUCAAAGACCUGAAAAACUCCCACGCCAACCUGUCUCAUCUCUUCGCCGCGCACUGCAUUGGUUACCCUGUAGUCUAUCUGGGGUUUGACGCUACCUGCUACUUCACUGGCAUCUUCAAGCUGCGCGCGCAGAAGAAUGUGCAGAGCGAGAACGACUUCCACACGCACCUCCUGCAACAGUCCCUGCCUCUGGGUCUGCAGCUUUAUCCUUGGGGCUUCACGGAGGGCGGAGGCAGCUCCAAGUUGAAGCCCAAACAUGAAUCCAGCCAGUACCGGUGUCAGAACAGCGCUGUGGCGUCAGAUGAGAGCCUCACCGUGGACUGCCUCCAGAUCCACAGCGGCGGGGAGCAGGGAGGAGUGGAGAGGACCGAGGAGGACACGACACUGGGAAGGUCAAACACCCAGCUGGCCUCAUCCUCCAAGCUCAAAGACAACGCAAGCGAUUUGGCUAUAGGUAAAGGGUCGAUGGAGUCCUUGGCACCCCCCGAUAACCUACCCCAGGAGGAACAAGGUGGAAAAGUCCCCCAAGCCGUCAAAGCCUCCUCUUCCUCGCCGAAAGCACGCAGGAUGUCCCCCGCCUCCUCCAGCGUCCCUUUGCCACCUCCGGGCAGAGCUGACAGGAAGCAGAAGAACGGCCCCAAGACGGUCAGCCCCAGUCGGGAUGGUGCUGACAAGGGUCCCGUCCUGACAAAUCUGAAUCCCCACGCAGACCAGAUUACUAAGCUGGAUCAAGAGCUGAAGAGGCUGAAGGGCGAGCUGCAGGUCAGCAGGCAGUGUGAGCAGGAGCUGCGCAGCCACAUCUGUAACCUAGGCAACAGUGAGCGCGGGCUGAGGCCGGAGGUGUCCCUGCUCAGGCAGAGCAACGAGCUGCUCCAGAGCAAGAUCUUGUGUCUGGCCAAGGCCAAACAGAAAGACAAGCAGACCAGCGCCAUGCUGGAGAGGAAGACCAGAGCGGAGACCGAGGCCCGGCUCGCCGCAGAGAAACAGCUGAUAGAACUACAGGCUCUCAAACUGGAGGAGGCGGCCAUCUUGGCGCGUAGCAGUCUACCAAACAGGCAGGAACACUCUGAGACGGUAAUGUUAAGGAAAAAGGAGAAAGACCUAGAAACAGAGUACAGACAGCUGCAGCUACAGAGUGAAGGGAGAGAGGGCCGUGUGCUAGCGCUAGAGAACAAAUUGGAGGCCCUGGGAAAGUACCGCUGUGUGGAGCAAGAGGAGCAGGACGUGCUGCUGUCUGCCCUGUCUGCCCUGCAGGACAAGGCUCAGCGUCUGGAGUACAACCUGAGCGCGGAGACACGCAUAAAACUGGACCUGUUCUCAGCUCUGGGGGACGCCCGGCGGCAGCUGGAGCUGGCACAAGGAAAAGUGAUCAAGCAGGAUAAGGAGAUAGUCGAAAUGAAACAGAAGAUCGCCGAGGUCAUGGCCGUCAGUCCCGGCCUGUCGUACAUGGCGCCGCGGCCCGCCGUACCUCAGUACCUCACUAAGUUCCUCAACUCGGAGCGCUAUGUGCUCAACCCAAGGGCACUGAUGUACCAGUGUCUUAAAAAAUGACACUCCAUCUCAGCCCGUCGAAGAAACGUACAGUACACCGCCUUCGGCCUUUUCUUCGGCAGGGCUCUCUGUGGACACUUGUAACAGCGUCCGUCUCCGAGAGGGACGGAGGCAUCCAAAAGACUUCCUGGAUGUGGCGAUGUUGUCACAGGUUUCAACAACAUUCUCGGCCUUCGAGGAGUCGUGUACAGAAGUUCUGACAAGACAUGAGCUGUCUGAGACUAUUGCGUAAAGCAUUGGCAAGAUCAGAAACGAAAUACCUUUGGCUGCUUUCCAGGUGCUUGAUUCACAUGAAAAGAGUCCUCAGUCCUUCUGUUCUGAAGUGUUUGAGUUCAAAGGGCUUGUGAGGUAACCGAUGCCUGCAAUGAUGUGCUAACUUAAUACAAGAGAUCUCAUGACUAAAGUUAAAAUGACAUCACUUCUUGAGAACACAUUGGCUUUUCAAAGCAGUCGUGAUACGGUAAACUGGGUGGUUUGUUUUGGGAUUGAGCAAGAUUCAGUUGACCUGAGAUUGGGCUGUCUGAGCUAACUCUGCAGCUUUGUCCUGAUGUGGUUGUUUUUGGAUUAUUUCACCUAUUACAUUUGCCCGAUGAUGUCGGGCAGUGUUUAUUUAAUAAACUUUUUUUAAUGUAUUGCCAAUGGACAAACCCUUGGCUAUGAUGAUCAGUUUUUGGGCAGUAUCUCUCCAAGAGAUGGGAUGACUAGAUCAAACCCAACCUGGCACAAAGGAACUGGUCAGUUUAAACCCUGAGCAUCUUGCAUUGCAGACAAAACUAAAACAAAAGCUAAAAUAUUUAGAGCCAAGUUCUGGUUGAAACCACAGUACCAUUUACCAGUCAUGUUGAGUAAUGUGUUUUUUUCAGAGUAAAAGUUGAUAUUGUUUAUAAAUGACUGUAACUGGAAAGUUGGGCAGACUUGUGAAUGACACAUGCAUAACGUGGACAAUUCUGGACCAAAAAUAAGGCAGAUGUGCAAAAUUACAAGUAAAUAAGAUUUAUACACUGAAUUUUACUAUCAAAGUAGGAGGCAAAACUAUUCAAUGUGAGGUGUUUUGAGUUCAAGUGCUAUGUUGUUUUCGUCAGGGUUUUUUUUUGUUUAGUUUUUUUUUACACACAAUGUAAAGAGUUUGUAAACACGAACAAAAGGUUUUUUAGUUGAUGAGAACUAACAAUGUUAAUUCAAAUUAGGUCUCUUUGUUACAUUUUGUGUUUAUAGGGUGUUUUUUAUCAAAACAAUAUUUUUUUGGCUUGAUGUACUUUUCACAUGAAGGUUUUCUGCUUGAAUUUUGUAAGUCAAUGUAUUUGUCAGCAUGGAAUUGUGUGUGUAAUAUUACAAUACUAUUUCUCUCAGCACAAUCUCCUUUGUGACUUAAGACUGUGCUGUAAGUGCAUAUACUGAUUAUGCAUAUACUGAUAUACUGAUUCAAGGGCUCCAGUUUUCUUCUUACAAUGCUGGUGAAACAGUUGAUAAUAAAACAGUUUUACCACUGAA